CUCUGUGGCAGCUCAGGAAUCAGACCAUCCCUGCUGCAGCCUGGAAUCAGAGAUGAGCGUCUAGAAGCAGAAUCCCUGGGUCAUGUGGUCGUUCUGCUGUGAUGUCUCUGAGGAAGUUAACGCCAUGGCGCACUCCCCCCCAGAGCGCGAGGCCCCGCCCUCCUGGCCACCGCUGCGCCGUCCUGUCCUUUGUGAUGACAGCUGUGCCUGCGAGAACCUGUCUGGGAGUCGACAUUUUUUCCUGCUGAUUGUAUGGGAGAAGUUUUGACCUUAGAAAGUGGAAAUGAGGUUGCUAUGGAAACUGGUAACUCUGCUGCCACUCAUACACACUUGUGCAGGCGCGGCCGCCUGGAGCAGGCCCACCUUCACCCAGGAGCCCGAGGACGCCGUGUUCCCGCUGGACGCGUCGGAAUCCGAGAUCAUCUUGAGUUGUGCUGCGCACGGCUCCCCUCCGCCCCGUUACAGGUGGAAGCAGAAUGGCACAGACAUCGACUUCAGCACGAGCCAGCACCACAGGCUGGCGGCCGGCGGCCUGGCCAUCGGCAGCCCCUACACAGCGGAGGACGCGGGCUUCUACCAGUGUCUGGCCACCAACGCGCUGGGCACCGUCCUGAGUCGGAGGGCGAAGCUCCAGUUCGCACAUAUUGAUGACUUUGAAACCAAAGCAAGGAGCACGGUAUCCGUCCGAGAAGGUCAGGGGGUGGUGCUGCUCUGCGGACCCCCGCCACACUUUGGAGAUUUGUCUUAUGCCUGGACCUUCAACGCCAGCCCCUUACAUGUCCAGGAGGACAGCAGGCGCUUUGUCUCCCAGGAGACAGGAAACCUCUACUUCGCCAAGGUGCAGCCCUCCGACGUGGGCAACUAUACCUGCUGGGUGACCAGCCGGGAGGCCCGGAGGAGCGUCCGCGCACCGCCCACCCCGCUGGUGCUGCGCAGUGACGGUGUGAUGGGGGAAUAUGAACCAAAGAUUGAAGUGCGUUUUCCCGAAACUAUACAAGCUGCAAAGGAUUCAACUGUAAAACUGGAAUGCUUUGCCCUUGGAAAUCCAGUCCCCGACAUUAGCUGGCGGCGGCUGAGUGGAGGCCCGUUGCCGGGGAAGGCGCAGCGCCGCAGGCCCCACGCCGUCCUGGAGAUCCCCAGCUUCCAGCCGGAGGACGAGGGCGUCUAUGAGUGCGCCGCGGGCAACCUGCGCGGGAGCAACCUCGCCAAGGGCCAGCUCGUUUCCUACGCCCCUCCAGAAUGGGAACAAAAAAUCCACAACACAUACCUGUCUAUCCAUGACAGUUUGUUCUGGGAAUGCAAAGCCAGUGGGAAGCCCAGGCCUUGGUACACGUGGCUAAAGAACGGGGAACGCCUCAGCCCAGAGGAAAGAAUCCAAAUAGAAAACGGAACUCUGACCAUCACUUCCCUGAACAUGUCGGACUCUGGCAUCUACCAGUGUGCCGCGGAGAACAGCCACCAGAUCAUUUAUGCGAACGCGGAGCUGCGCGUAUUAGCUUCAGCUCCUGAUUUCUCCAAAAACCCCAUUAAAAAAAUCUCGGUGGUCCAAGUCGGCGGGGACAUUGCCAUCGAGUGCAAGCCAGAGGCCUUUCCUCGCGCGACUCUGACCUGGAAAAGAGGAGCAGAGAGCCUGACACCAGGCGGGAGAGUGUCCCUCGGGGCAGACGGCAGCCUCCGGAUGCGCAACGUCACCAGGGCGGACGCUGGAGGGUACACGUGUGUGGCCACCAACCAGUUUGGCGUGGCAAGGAGCACAGGGAGCCUGGUGGUGAAAGAGAGGACGGUCCUCAGCGCCCCGCCUCCCAGCAUGGACGUGACGGUGGGGGAGAGCAUCGUGCUGCCGUGCCAGGCCUCCCACGACCCCUCCGUGGACGUCGCCUUCCGAUGGUCCUUCAACGGCGCCGCCAUAGACCUGCGGAGAGGCGCCUCUCAUUUUGAAAGGAUUGGGGGGGCCUCUGUCGGGGACUUGAUGAUCAGGAACAUCCAGCUAAGCCACUCCGGGAAGUACGUGUGCACAGCCAGCUCCCCGCUGGACAGCCUGUCUGCGGCGGCCGACGUCAUUGUCCGGGGUCCACCGGGCCCCCCUGAGGGCGUGCGCGUGGAGCAUGUCUCCAGCACCAGGGCUCAGCUCAGCUGGAGGCCGGGUCCCGACAACAGCAGCCCCGUCCAGAUAUUCGCCGUCCAGGCGCGGACCGCCUUCUCCGUGGGCUGGCAGGCCGUGUCCACAGUUCCAGAGAUUCUCAGCGGGGAGAUGUACAACGCCACCGUGGUGGGCCUGAGUCCCUGGGUGGAGUACGAGUUCCGUGUGGUUGCCGGGAACAGCAUUGGCAUCGGCGAGCCGAGCAGACCCUCAGAACUGCUGAGGACCAAGGCGGCCGCCCCUGCCGUGGCCCCCACCAACGUCAAUGGGGGUGGAGGAGGCCGCUCCGAGCUCGUCGUCACGUGGGAGUCAAUCCCGGAGGAGCUGCAGAGCGGCGAGGGCUUCGGCUACGUCGUGCUGUUCCGGCCUGUGGGCGCCGCGGCCUGGACCGCAGAGCGCGCCCCGACCGUGGAGGCCUCGCGGCUGGUUUACUGCAACGAGAGCAUCGCCCCGCUCUCUCCCUUCGAGGUCAAGGUGGGCGUCUACAACCUGGAGGGCGAGGGGCCCCUGAGCCCCGCUUCCAUCAUCUACUCGGGGGAGGACGAGCCCCAGCUGGCCCCGCGGGGGGCAUCCGCGCAGAGCUCCUCGGCCUCGGAGGUGGAGGUGUCCUGGCACGCCAUCGCCUGGAACAGGAACACUGGCCGUGUGCUGGGCUACGAGGUCCUGUACUGGACAGAUGACCCUGGAGAGGCCAUGAUUGGCAGGACGCGGGUUGGCGGGAACGUCACGACCACGCACAUCACGGGGCUGAGACCCAACACUGUCUACUUCGCCUCCGUGAGGGCCUUCAACACAGCCGGCACGGGGCCCUCCAGCCCCCCGGUCAAUGCCACCACCAAGAAGUCCCCCCCGAGCCAGCCCCCGGCUAACAUUGCCUGGAAGCUGGCGAAUUCUAAGCUGUGCCUGAACUGGGAGCACGUGAAGACCAUGGAGAACGAGUCGGAAGUGCUGGGCUACAAGAUUCUGUACCGGCAGAACCGGCAGGGCAAGGCUCACGUUCUGGAGACAAACAACACGUCGGCCGAGCUGCUGGCCCCGCUGGAGGAGGACUACCUGGUCGCCAUCAGGACCGUGAGCGACGGCGGGGACGGGAGCAGCAGCGAGGAGAUCCGCAUCCCCAGGGUGUCCAGUUUGAGCUCUGAAGGCGCGCCCGGCCCAGCACGUGCCCCCCAACCCCUGCCCGUCGCCGUUGUCCCCCUUUGCUGUUUUGCUCUGCGGUCACUCCUACGGUGAAUUCGUCUCCGGGCGGUUUCUGAAAGCAGAUCAUCCCGUGAAUAAGGCCUCCAGUCCCGUCGCUGCAGGGCGUGUUCUUAACGUGGAUUUGUUUGGAAAGAAAAUGAUGUAUAUUAUUAAGACCUUGUACAUAUCUCUGGUGCAUUAAUAAAACCGU